CUAAUGGACUUGGUGUUUGGAGCCUUAUAAGUUUGCAAACUUGAGUCUAACCAAGGCAGCGGCGAGACACAAAAGCACUGCUGGAAACUUACAAGCAGCGGUGCUUUUGGAAACCUUUGGGGGAGCCUCAAUGGCGUUAGAACAGGACUUAUUAUUGGAACUGAAAACUCAAAUAGUACAAAUAAUCAAACGUAUUGGCUUCCUCAGUACCGGCGAUCAGUCUGCUAAGGGGAACUACGGCCUGCUGGACCAGAUUCAGGCCCUGCGCUGGCUCAACGAGAACAUCGGCCACUUCGGAGGAGACCCAGAGAGGAUCACCAUCUUCGGCUCCGGAGCUGGGGCGUCCUGCGUCAACCUCCUCAUCCUCUCGCACCACUCGGAAGGUCUGUUCCACAGGGCCAUAGCUCAGAGUGGAACAGCCAUCUCCAGCUGGUCCGUCAACUACCAGCCCCUCAAGUACACAAAGAUCCUGGCCCGGAAGGUGGGCUGCACGUACACAGAGACGGCCGACCUGGUCGACUGCCUGAGGCGCAAGAACUUCCGGGAGCUGGUGGACCAGGACAUCCAGCCAGCCCGCUACCACAUCGCCUUUGGCCCCGUGGUGGACGGAGACGUGGUGCCCGACGACCCUGAGAUCCUCAUGCAGCAGGGGGAGUUCCUCAACUAUGACAUCCUGAUAGGAGUGAACCAAGGCGAGGGGCUGAAGUUUGUGGACGACAGUGAGGACAACGACGGCAUCACAGCUGCUGCUUUCGACUACACCAUCUCCAACUUCGUGGACAACCUCUACGGCUACCCUGAAGGUAGGGACUGUCGACAUUGUACUCCAUCCAGGCUGUAA